AUGACGCCGAAUACUCGUCGGGUCAGGCUUGUCGGCAGAGGAUUCUCCCUCUUCCAUGUCACCUUAUCCAACAAUUGGUAUUUUACAGAUCACUUUAUUGUUUCUGUGAAGGGAGGAAGGUAUGAUGCACUUAGACUGGCUAAUAAACAUGGCUUCCACUUGUUGUAUGAGGUCUUUCCAAAUACUUAUGUAUUCAAAAGAAAGGAUGGAACAACCAAUGCACAUAUUCGCAGGGGCUCGAUUUCUCUUAUGUUGAGAGAAUCCAGGAAUAUGAACACUACUAAUGCAAUUCCUGAUCAAGGUGUCUUAACAUCAUGGUCGCAGGGAUUUACCGGGAGGGGAAUAGUUAUUGGAAUUGUUGAUAACGGCGUUGAAAUAAAUCACCCUGAUUUGUCAGAAAAUCUAGUAUCUGGAUUAAGUUUUAAUUUCAUAGAUGGAACAUCAAAUCCUUCUCCUGAGUCUGGACAUAGCCACGGCACUAAAUGCGCUGGUAUUGCAGCUGCUGUGGGUAACAAUGGUCACUGUAUACUUGGAACAUCUUACGGAGCAAAAUUUAUUG